UGGAGAGGUAGCCACCUUCUUCGACACGGCCUCAUUACUCUUCCACACUCCAUCUUGAUUACUUGCCCUGUGAUUCUUCAUCCUUAAACCACAAUCACAGAGAAGCCAUGGGAAACGCACAGAGUGGAGGGAUUCCCAGAGAGAUCCUGGAUGACCUCAAGCAGACCACCAGGUUCUCUGAAGCUGAGAUCACCCAGUGGUACGAUAACUUCCAGAAGCAGUGUCCUUCAGCUCGCAUCUCACUGCAACAGUUUGAGGAGAUCUACGGGAAAUUCUUCCCCGAAAGUGAUGCCAAGACCUAUGCCCAACACGUUUUUAGGUCCUUUGACGCCAAUGAUGAUGGAACAUUAGACUUUCAGGAGUACGUCGUUGCUCUUCACAUGACCUCCUCAGGCAAAUCCACCUUGAAGCUAGAGUGGGCUUUCUCACUGUUUGAUGUGGACAAGAAUGGUUACGUCACAAAACCUGAAGUGAUUGAACUCAGCGAGGCCCUUUUCAAACUUAUACCCAAAGAGAAGCAGGCAAGUCUUCCCAGUGAUGAAAACACACCAGAGAAGAGAGCAGAGAAACUCUGGUCCAUCUUUGACAAAAAGGACAGUGAGCGAAUCGCAGAGGGGGAGUUCAUCCAAGCCGUCCAAGAUAGCGACAUUGCACUACGGCUCAUUCAGUAUGACCAUAAAUGAUCCAACAUAGUCACGCAAAUGACAGUUUGCUCAUGCUUGACUUCAUGUGUAUUAGUUGUACACUAAAUGUGCUCAUUAAAGAUUCACCAUCCUUAAUUUGUGUCACCAUUAAGCAAUUGAUAUCUGUUUAAAUAUAAUAAUAGUGCAUUCCACAUAUCCACAUAUUUUGACAGCAAUAUCUUAAUAUCUGUAUGCUGAUUUGUUUAAUCACAUACCUUAUAUAGUAAUAGACUUAUUUAGAUUGUAGUUUGGAGGUUCAUGUUCAGUUGCUGUUGUUCAGGGGUAUCAAAAUGUGUUGGAUUUGAAACUGAUGUGAAAUUAUUGAAGAUGUUUGAUUAACA